CCGCCACGGUCGCACGAUCUGUACUACGUCACGCGCCGCCCGCCGCACCGCGCACGCGUGCUCGCGAUCGCAUCAACGCAAAACCCAAAAUCGCACCCACCCACUUUGUGAACGAAAACGUGACAGUGACAUUUCGGGGGAGUGACAAUAACACACUAUUUUGCUAUGUAAAACAAAUAUAUUGAAUUUUUUGCGAUUAUUUCGUUGUUGUGACAUAAAAAUUCUUAGUGCAGUGUUGAAGGAUAAAAUUGGUGUGACAAUCGAUCGAGUGGGAUCUUGUGUUGUGAGCUGGGUGAACGUAUGGUUGACUAAGGAUGGGAUGUUCUGCGGGGUAGUCCGGCGGGAUGAUGCGUAAGGAAGGGUCAGGGGCGACCGGCGGCACCGAGUGCUCGCUGGAUGCCGCCGAGUGCAUCAACUUGCAGCGGAUCCUGCAGGCCUUCAACUCCACCAUCAGCGAGGAGCACGCGUGGGCUCUGUUCUACCAGGCAGCCCGGACCUUCCAAAAAUGUUACUCUGAAGGAGCCACCUGUUACUCAGUGACCGAACCAAGGCAUGUUCUCCUUCAUAAGGAUGGCAGCGUACAUCCCAGCACACUUCUGCAUCCAGGAGAUGAUAGCAGCAGAGAAGAAAUCACAUCAGAACAACAGCUGGUGGUAAACCUGGCGCUGGUGAUAUACCACGCGCUGGACUACACGCAUUCGGAGGACGAGGAGCGACUCAUCUCGCCGGACCUCGAGGGCCUCAUUACGGAGAUGACUGCCUGUGAGGUGCCUGACGAAGAAGACGAAUGUGGAGCCCUAUCAGAAGAAUCGGAGACGUCAGAGGGGGGUAGGGCGGACACUGACGACGAGGGCAUCGAGCGCGACGCCGAGCCCGCGCCGCGGCGCAGGCGCCGGCGACGGCGGUUCAUGCUCAAAGAUAUUGUUGAGCGCUGCGUAUGGCACUGCGGCGGUAGCGGUCGGUGCGCACGCGAUGCGGCGGCUGCGCAUUACCGCGCGGUGUGCCGGGCGCUGGUGGCCGAGGCGCUGGAGCUGGCCUCCUUCCUCGCCCGGGUCCGCGUAGGGGGUGCCCGGGACCUCGGCGCCGCUGAGGACUCUGCCACGCAUCUCGAUACCUUGCAGUUCUCUGAUUGGGCGCGGUUUUGGAUGCAAGUCAUUGGGGAACUGAGGAUGGGUGUAAAGUUAAAAAAAGUGAACUACUCCAGGACGCCUAUAGAGUAUGAGAUGACUCCGUACGAGAUACUAAUGGACGACAUCAGAUCGCGGAGAUACACACUAAGAAAAGUUGACGGAGCUAUACCACAGAGCGUAAAGAAGGAUGCUCACGCAAUGAUUCUCGAAUUUAUUAGAAGUAGACCGCCCCUUAAAAAGGCAUCAGAACGCAAACUGCCCCCGCCGCGACGUGAGGUGACUCCUCGCGAACAACUGCUGCAGUCCAUCCAAGUCGGUCGACAGCUCAGGCCCACGCCUUACUCCAGAAGGUUAUCAACGAGUGGUGCGGGCAGUGGUCCUGGAGGGGGCGAGGCGCGGAGAGGGGGGGACGUCACGCCGCACGCGCAACCGCAGAGGAGACUCAUCAAAGUCGACUUCGAUAAUCUUGAGGAUGACGAGGAUGAGGACGACACAGAAACGUGUACCAGCCCAGAGGUGUGCGCGCCACAACCCUUCCCCAGGCAGACAGCGCCGCAGCAAACGCCUAAACCCUGGAAGAGAACCGCGUAUGACCUGGCGACGCAAUGUCCGUCGCGACGUGCCUCCAUGCGUCGCCACACCGUAACGCACGCCGCCUGCCCACUACCCACCGACGGAGCGCACUCGCUCCCACAUUCAAGGCCGGGCUCCCGUGCGUCAUGCGCCGGCGCCGCGUCGCUAGCGAGCAGCGAGGCGGACGCGCAGCUCGGCGAGCUGUCGUGGUCGCGUUCCUCGCUGCAGGACGAGCUCAUCAAGUCGGUUAGUGGCAGCCCCAAGCAUGCCAGUAAGCAAUGGCAGGACGCUAUAAUGUCGGAUGACAGGCUGUCAUUGACGUUGGAGGAGAUAGUCCACAUCAGGUCUGUGUUGACUAAAGCUGAGUUAGAGGUGCUGCCUGUUGAAGGCAGAGUCAAAGAAGACGUCGAGAAAAGACGGGUGUGCUUCCUGUGUUUGAAAACGCGAUUCGGCAUUUUCGGCCCUUGGGGUCAGAAAUGUAAGCUGUGUAAAAAGACUGUCUGUCAAAAGUGUUGUUCAAAGAUGCGAAUACCAACGGAGCACUUCGCGCACGUGCCAGUAGUGCUGCUGAGCCCGUCGCUACUGCCGUCGCCUGAGGACGAGGCGCAGUCCUCCUUCCCCCGGAGUCUCAUGUCGCGGCUAGUUUCGCCUGAACACACGAACGUAGUGGAAAACAGCGUGGGCAGCGCGCCUAAUUCCCCCGCCGCGCUGCGUCGGACGCACGCGCACUCCGCGCCGGGGUCCCGCGGCGGCUCCGCACUGGGCUUCGCGGACUCCCUGUCCGUACCCCCCGCCUGUAUGUCUCGCAGUGUGGAAGGACCAGAGAGCAUGCCAGUGGGAAUGAGCACGCCGCCUACCGCUACUCUGGACCGCAGGGCACGAUACGGCCGCACUCUAACCGGCGUGACGGCAGCGGAGCGCCUCCGCGGCGUCCAGAUGGCAGUGUGCCACGACUGCAAGGCUAUGGUGCUUCAGAUCAUCAAGUCAUCCCGCGCCUCCCGCUCAGCCUCCCGCGACAGAGCCCUCAGACACCUCACUCUAGACCUUGCUCCCGUCUAUACCGCUGAUUGUUAGUCUACUACAAAACGCUUUGGGUUCACCUGGGUAGGGUUUGGGAGUUCAUCGCUCGAGAAAUAAAAGCUUUAGAGAAAAAAAAUAUCGAGAAUGAUCUAGCAGUUGCCUAGUUAUGACAGAGUGCGCGAGUUUUCUGAACCGUUCGACGCUCAGGAAUAUUCUAAACUUGAAAAGGUGUUUCUUUUUACACUGUAAUUGACCGAUGUACGAAAUUUACUCUAUAUAAAUAUGUAUAAGGUCUACGUUUCUACCCAGAAUGAUCCAAAUGUGAAAUGGAAUAAAGAUCUGACUCUGAGAAAUCAGCUGCGAGACAUCGUCUUCGAACAAAGAGGAGCUUCCCUGGUUGUGUGGUUUGUUGUGUUGUAGUUGGACCACUCCUUGUUUUACAUUAAAAUAGACUAUUAACUCUUGACAAUACUAUAAUGACCUUUGACAGAAUACCACACAUAAUGUUUGUUUAUCGCACAAAGAUUCCAAUUUAAAACUAAAUCGUAAAUAAAUAUUAGAAAAUAUUUACCUAAAUUAUUAUACAUAAUCAGAGAUACUCAUAAUAUUUAAUGUUAUAUAUAUAAAAGAAUAAAUGAUAUAUUCCGCAAAAUUACUAUAAAUUGAUAUUUUGUCACGUACAUAUAUAAUAGAUAUUCAUAUAUUUUUCCCGAAAGUAGUAUGUUUAAAUAUGUCUACAAUUUUAAUGUGAAUAAAUAAAUCUGUGUUCAUAAGAAAUUUACAAUGUGCUAUGAUAUGAAUGUAUUGUAUAAAGAUCUAUAUGUUAUAGAUAACCACGUUAAAACUUCUUUGAUUGUGCUGAAUUACGCGUACUUACACAAAAAUGUAUUUACUCAAUGUAUACCACCCCCCUUAAUGACAUUAUCUCGAGACAUUCGCUUAUUGUUUAUAUUUCACAUUUAAAUAUUUUAAAAUACAACAAAUUAUUACUAAUGCAAGUCCUGUGCCAUAUUAAUUGAAAUAGAAGUUUGCGACAAUCGCACGACUUUUCGCUUAUUUUCUAAGAACAUAAGUCGCAGUGGUUUCGUUUCGUGCUUAUUUCAUUUUGUCUUUUUGUAAUGAUAAUACUUCUAAGGAAUUUCAAUAGCCAGAUUUCGAUUUGUAAUUUAGUUUCUAUCAAAUGAUCAAUCUGCUGUACGCUGUAUGGCAUUUAAUGAACUUAAUGGUAAGCAUAAAUGAGAAUAUUACCUCAUAAUCUUGAAUACCUAACUCGCAUAAAUUGCCUUCACGCUGUCUAAUAAAAUAUUUAUUUAAACGCUUUGGCCACACAUAUCUGAAUGUAUGUAAAGCUUAGCUUUUUGAACUUGACUCGAGUGAGUUUCCAGUCAAAGAUGCCAAUCACCACUCACGCUCUCCUUGUCUAACGGAGAUAGAUAGAUAAAGAGAGCAAUAAUCAUUGGCACAUUUACUUGAGUCAUGUAAAGGUUUUGUAGCGACAGACGCGGUUCGUGACGGCGGCACGUUGCAGUCAGUAAUCUGCCUUAAGCAGCGAAUAGCGCAUGCGUGAUGCCUUCUAUCUUCAUAUCCUUAGAUUAAUUUAUCUGUAAUUAAAUUAUUUUGCCAAAUAUGUAAUCACUUUCAACAUUUCUUGUAAAUAAACGAUCAUCUUUAAUUCUUUAGUUAUAGGUUUCGAUGUUCAAGGUAUGGUUAAGCAGUAAGCUGGGUUAUUCUAUCCCGAUUUGGUCCCUCCGUUAUUUUCUAGUUCUAAGUUAUUUUCGCAUGGCAAAGCAGACAUAGACAUAGGUGUUCAUUAUGCGAAUAUUAUGUACGAUAGAUAAGUAUAUUGAACACCUAUUUCAUACUCAAUGUGAUUGUUUUGUUGUGUGUAAUAGGUGCACACUCCGAUAAAUAUUAACCCCUUAAACGCCGGAACGCGGAUCUCGACCAGACACAAUGUAAAAUCUAUUGUGUCUGGUAUCUCGGCAUAUGAGAGGUUAAGCAAUAAUGAAUGAAAUGUACAACAAAGUAGAUUCAUUUCCUUGGUCACUAACACUGUAAAGAUGUGGAAUGUAUUUAAAGAAUAUUCUAUUUACAAUCACCGAUCAAAUCAGGCCUAAUUUAAUUAUAGUCUUGUUAAUCUUGAGCACUCAAAUCGACUGUUUUCUAAAAUUAAUUAAUAAUUUUGUUUAUUCCAAAUGUUCUUUGUAAUCAAGUACCCAGUUAGAACUUUGUAAAUGUUUGUAAAUUUUAGUAGUCUAUAUUAGAUGUUACGUAGAUUACUGUCUAAAACUAAAAUUAAAAGAGAAAAAAAUAACUAAAAUAAAAUAAUUACAAAUCGUU